CGGCGAUCAUCGAGUAAACAUCUCGUCGUUUAUAGGGAAAAAUCUGGUUACCUACGUGAUCGAUAUUAUGAUAAUUUUACUUCAAGGCUAUUAAUAAAGAAAUUAAUGUGAUUCGUGAUGGAUAAAUUUUCAGCUACUUUGGAGACAUCCAAUUUAAUAACUUUUGGAAUAGGCUUAAUAGCUGGUCUAUUUCUAAACUCUUUUCUAACAAGAAGACACAAAGAAGAUGUGUGGGAUGAAGAUGGGUUUCUAGCUGAAAGUGGAGGAGAGCAGAAGCUUGUCCUUGUGGUGCGAAAUGACUUGAAGAUGGGCAAGGGUAAAAUGGCAGCACAGUGCUCUCAUGCCACGCUGAAGGCCUUCAAGCAAAGCACUCUCAGAAACCCGGCCGCUCUCAGGGCCUGGGAACAAUCUGGACAGCCCAAGGUUGUGGUGAAAGUGGACGACGAGGCGGCAUUGCUGGAAGUAGCAGCAAAUGCAAGAGCAGCAGGACUAACUGUGAGCCUCAUACAAGACGCUGGACGAACACAGGUUGCUCCGGGCUCCAGAACUGUCCUGGGUGUAGGACCUGGACCUAGUCAAGAUCUGGAUAAAGUUACUGGUCAUCUGAAGCUCAUGUAGUUCAAUAAUCCUUCUAGUCAGGAAUGCGUCUGGCUGGAUCCUUGUGGCGAACGCUCUCAUUUAGUUUGUUCACGUUUACGCCUGAUAUCAUAACAACGAUUUUAAUCCUCCUAGCUUCAUAAGUUCAUUUACGAAUUUUUUUCCAAUGCUUGAAUGUCAAGCAAGUUUGUUGUGAAAAAGUCGCAGCAGAGCACCCUCAGAUGGGUUCAAUUUGGUUGUUUUGGAACGGCUGCAAGUUUUAGAUUGUGAGCAAUUCACCAACAGCAGCAUGUGAUGCGGAAUGUAAAUGUUAUUCAAGUUGCGGGUGAAAUUUUAAGUGCUGCUUCAAUGAUUGUUACGUUUUAUUGAACAUUAAUAUGUAUUGAUCACCAGUAUCUCUGAACCUGAUGGUAGUGCAAGCUUCAAGCAAUAAGUUAUUUUUUAUUUAAACAGCCUCACCUCGAUUCCUUUGUGUUGAAAUUAUACGAAAUUUUUUGACGUGGA